GGGUGGUGCAGGGCAGGGGUGGUAUAUCCAGUCUGACGGAGGGCGGGCCUCGCCAGUGCCAGGAGAGGGACGAGCUAGGGUGGAGGCACCAGGAGCAGCUGCCGGGAGCCCUCGCACAGACCACUCAUUCUAUGGCCAUAGGGAGCCGCUGAGAGCGAGAAGAGCACGCUCCGCCUGCCCGCCGCGCCGGCUGCACCGCACCUCCCGCGCCUCUCUGUUCCUCCAGGCCCGGCCCGCGCGUACUUCCCACCAACAUGAACCACUCGCCGCUCAAGACCGCCUUGGCGUACGAAUGCUUCCAGGACCAGGACAACUCCACAUUGGCUUUGCCGUCGGACCAAAAGAUGAAGACGGGCACGUCGGGCAGGCAGCGCGUGCAGGAGCAAGUGAUGAUGACCGUCAAGCGGCAGAAGUCCAAGACUUCUCAGUCGUCCACCCUGAGCCACUCCAACCGAGGUUCCAUGUAUGAUGGCUUGACUGACAAUUACAACAACUAUGGGACCACCAGCCGGAGCUCCUACUACUCCAAGUUCCAGGCAGGAAACGGCUCAUGGGGAUAUCCGAUCUACAAUGGGACCCUCAAGCGGGAACCUGACAAUAAGCGUUUCAGCUCCUACAGCCAGAUGGAGAACUGGAGCCGGCACUAUCCCCGGGGCAGCUGUGCCACCACCGGUGCAGGCAGCGACAUCUGCUUCAUGCAGAAAAUCAAAGCAAGCCGCAGUGAGCCCGACCUCUACUGUGACCCGCGGGGUACCCUGCGCAAGGGCACACUGAGCAACAAGGGCCACAAGACCACUCAGAACCGCUACAGCUUCUACAGCACCUGCAGUGGCCAGAAGGUGAUCAAGAAGUGCCCCGGGCACCCACCUUCCUGCACCUCCAAGCAAGAUCCGGUGUACAUCCCGCCCAUCUCCUGCAACAAGGACCUGUCCUUUGGCCACUCAAGGGCCAGCUCCAAGAUCUGCAGUGAGGACAUUGAGUGCAGUGGGCUGACCAUCCCCAAGGCUGUGCAGUACCUGAGCUCCCAAGAUGAGAAGUACCAGGCCAUUGGGGCCUAUUACAUCCAGCAUACCUGCUUCCAGGAUGAAUCUGCUAAACAACAGGUCUAUCAGUUGGGGGGCAUCUGCAAGCUGGUGGACCUCCUCCGCAGCCCCAAUCAGAAUGUCCAGCAGGCCGCGGCCGGGGCCCUGCGCAACCUGGUAUUCAGAAGCAACACCAACAAGCUGGAGACCCGUAGGCAGAAUGGGAUUCGUGAGGCUGUCAACCUCCUGAGGAGAACCGGGAGCACCGAGAUCCAGAAACAACUGACUGGGCUGCUUUGGAACCUGUCUUCCACCGAUGAACUGAAGCAGGAGCUCAUUGCUGAUGCCCUGCCAGUUUUGGCUGACCGUGUCAUCAUCCCCUUCUCUGGCUGGUGUGACGGCAACAGUAACAUGUCCCGGGAGGUGGUGGAUCCUGAGGUCUUCUUCAAUGCCACGGGCUGCUUGAGGAACCUGAGCUCAGCAGACAUAGGCCGCCAGACCAUGCGUAACUACUCGGGCCUCAUUGAUUCCCUCAUGGCCUAUGUCCAGAACUGUGUGGCGGCCAGCCGCUGUGAUGACAAGUCCGUGGAGAACUGUAUGUGUAUCCUGCACAACCUUUCCUACCGCCUGGAUGCAGAGGUGCCCACCCGCUACCGCCAGCUAGAGUACAAUGCCCGCAAUGCCUACACAGAGAAGUCCUCCACUGGCUGCUUCAGCAACAAGAGCGACAAGAUGAUGAACAACAACUAUGACUGCCCCCUUCCUGAGGAAGAGACCAACCCCAAGGGGAGCAGCUGGCUAUACCACUCAGAUGCCAUCCGCACCUACCUGAAUCUCAUGGGCAAGAGCAAGAAGGACGCCACCCUGGAGGCCUGUGCUGGUGCCCUACAGAACCUGACUGCCAGCAAGGGGCUGAUGUCCAGUGGCAUGAGCCAGAUGAUUGGGCUGAAGGAGAAGGGCUUGCCACAGAUUGCCCGUCUCCUGCAAUCUGGCAACUCUGAUGUGGUGCGGUCUGGAGCCUCCCUGCUGAGCAACAUGUCCCGCCACCCAGUGCUACACAGGGUGAUGGGGAACCAAGUAUUCCCGGAGGUAAUCAGACUCCUCACCAGCCAUACUGGCAACACCAGCAACUCUGAAGACAUCUUGUCAUCUGCCUGCUACACCGUGAGGAACCUGAUGGCGUCCCAGCCACAAAUAGCCAAGCAGCACUUCUCCAGCAGCAUGCUCAACAACGUCAUCAACCUGUGCCGCAACAGUGCCUCCUCCAAGGCUGCAGAAGCUGCCCGACUCCUCUUGUCUGACAUGUGGUCCAGCAAGGAACUGCAGGCUCUCCUCAGACAGCAAGGCUUCGAUAGGAACAUGCUGGGAACCUUAGGUGGGGCCAACAGCCUGAGGAACUUCACCUCCCGAUUCUAAAGAGAGGCUGUCCAAGCAAGUUCAGCUUACAGGUAAGA